GACCUUUUACUGUUGGUUCGUUCUUGUUCUGGGUUUGGAUUUCAGUGAUGGAAUAUGAUAACAAAAUGCUCUCUUCCAUCAGUCGUCUUCAAUCUCUCGCAUGCUCACUUCAAAACUCAAAACUACAAUCACCCAUUGAGGGCUCGAGCUGCUCUCCCCGACCCACUGUCAUGCCGGCUUCAUUCUUGUUCCGAUGCGGACUCGCUUGUGUCGUUUCUAAUAUUUGCCUUGGGCAAAUGCUCCUCCGCCUCUUACUGCGAGGCAGUUCAUGCUCGAGUCCUCAAAUCUGCGAGUUACGGCCACGGAUUCAUCGGCGAUCAGCUUGUGUCCAAGUACGUGGCAGUGGGCUGUGAGAAACAUGCUGAAAAGUUGUUCGACGAAAUUCCCGAGAAAGAUUUAGUGUCGUGGAAUUCUUUGAUUUCUGGGUUUUCGCGUAAAGGGUGCCUGGCUAAGUGUUUAUAUGCAUUUCGUAGGAUGAGAAAUGAGGCUUUUAUGAACCCCAAUGAGGUUACCCUUGUAUCAGUCAUCUCAUCUUGUGCUGAUGUGAAAGCUCUGGAUGAAGGUAGGUCCAUUCAUGGGCUCUCAGAAAGAUUGGGCAUGUUGAUGGAGGUAAAGGUCGUUAAUUCUCUGGUUAACAUGUAUGGAAAAUGCGGGAAAUUGGGUGCCGCUUGUCAUUUGUUUGAAGUAAUGCCUGUGAGGAGCUUAGUUUCAUGGAAUUCGAUGAUUGCUGUAUAUGCUGAGAAUGAGUCACCAAUGGAAGGGAUCAGUUGUUUUACAUUAAUGAGAAGGAGUGGAAUUCAACCUGAUGAUGCCACUUUGGUGGCACUGCUUCAGGCAUGUGAAAGUGUAGGUUCUAUUAGACUAUUAGAGUCUAUUCACUGUGUAAUAUGUUGCCGUGGGUUCUACAGACAGAUGUCGAUUAUGACUGCUCUUUCUUCUUUGUAUGCCAAGACUGGGAGGUUGGAUGCCUCCCACCGAGUUUUUCUUGAGAUAAGAAAUCCAGAUAGUAUAGCUUGGACUGCAAUGCUUGCCGGCUAUGCAGCUCAUGGAUAUGGGUCAGAAGCAGUCACUCUUUUUGAGCUCAUGGUUAAGAAAGGUAUGAUGCCUGAUCAUGUCACAUUUACUCAUCUAUUAAAUGCUUGUAGCCAUUCAGGGCUAGUAGAAGAAGGAAAAUGGUACUUCCGAACUAUGUUAGAACUUUAUGGGGUGGAGCCUACAUUGGACCAUUAUUCGUGCAUGGUUGAUCUGCUCGGUCGUUCUGGGUUCUUAGAAGAUGCGUACGAGCUUAUCAAGAGCAUGGCAAUGGAGCCUAAUUCUGGGGUCUGGGGUGCUCUUCUCGGUGCAUGCAGAAUUUACAGAAAUGAUGAACUCGGAAAGGAAGCUGCAGAGCACUUGAUUAAUCUGGACCCUUCGGAUGCAAGAAAUUAUAUUGUGCUCUCAAAUAUAUACUCAGCGGUCGGUCUAUGGAAAGAUGCUUCAGAAAUGAGAGCAUUAAUGAAGGAAAAUUUUGUUGCUAGAUUGCCUGGAUGUAGUUAUAUUGAACAUGGAAAUAAGAUCCAUCAAUUUGUUGUGGGUGACCGGUCUCAUCCACUGUCACAUAUGAUAUACACCAAAUUGACAGAACUGAUUGGGAAGAUUCGCAGGGCCGGACUCACUCCUAAAACGGAAUUUGUCUUGCAUGAUGUCGAUGAGGAGUCGAAAGAGGAUAUGAUCAAUGAGCACUGCGAGAAGUUAGCAAUCUCAUUUGGGAUUUUGGUGACUAACCCAGGUAGAACCUUAAUAAUAAGGAAGAAUCUAAGAAUCUGUGGCGACUGUCACAGCUUUGCCAAGAUGAUAUCGUUGAUUGAAAAGCGCACCAUCAUAAUUCGAGAUCCAAAGCGGUUUCACCAUUUUACUGAUGGAAUAUGUUCGUGUGCUGACUAUUGGUGACUCGGUUUCACAUUUGGCCGAGUUACUAUUAUCUUUUCUUGCGGAGGUUAGAUAGAAUCUGUACAACAGAUGUAUAGUUCAAAUGCAAAGCUUUGGGGUUGAUGGCAAUUUCUAUCUGAGACAGGACGCUGUUGGGUAUUGAUUUAGUGUGGGAAACAGAACAAACUUCUUGACCGCUCCGCCAGAAAUGAAGUGAUAC